GGGUUUAAACGGUCGAUGAAACUUGAAACCAUGAAAAGGUAUGCUUUAAGUAGUAAAUACCCGUAUGCAAAUUCAUAUUUAAAAAUCAACGUAGAAAGCGUGAGUUAUCGAAUCGUUUGUCGGCUACUAAGGCGUCAGAUUCCCAUGAUGUGUGAAUUCUGUAUAGACGAAAUGUUUGCAAUUCCCAGAUUGGAGAUAUUACAUUAAUGAUGAAAUGUACUUUUCUAUUGAAGUCAGGAUUUUCUUUAUAUUCCUUAUCACAGGAAUACAUGUUUUGACAUCCAAAGCUCAUGAUGAUGGUACUUUAUAUGCCAAUCUGAAAGAUCGCGGACUCCUUGACCUGGAGUACACACAUUUGCAGCAUGAUUCUGAUUUACUCAGGGACCGGUCCAAACGAGAAGCCUCCUCUGCACAUCUAGUGAAUGCUAUUCAGUUGGAGUUUGAAUAUGCCAAAGAAAGUUAUAGACUGGAGCUGACUUCCCCAGAAGAGAUUUUACAUCCGUCUGCUGAGAUACUGACAUUUACUAAUGGUUCGUCUCUUCAGUGGACAGGUGCUCAUCCAGAUUGCUUUCUUACCGGAAGUGUGACAUCACACAAUGGCAUGGCCACGCUGUCUAUCUGUGAUAAUGUGAUGGGCAUUGUGAGAACUGGAAAGUUUACCUUAUAUAUGGAGUCAGUUCGUGAAAGUAGUACCAACCAUAUUCCAGUUGUUGUGGGGCGUCAUAGAGAAGAUAUUAUUCCUACAUCUCUCACAGAUUAUUCACCAGAACAAAACGAUCAUAACUAUGGGAGAUCUAGACGAUCGGUGACGUCACAUAACAUCACGAUCGAGUUGGCGGUUUACACUGACGCGGCGUACACGCGAUCCAUGCUGGUUACAGACUUCUCUCAAAGACUACAGCAUAUCCUUCUCAAGUACCACGCUGUUCAGAUGGAGUGGUCGAGAGCAGAAAUGCUGGGUUUCAACGUUCGAAUAGUCUUGAAAAGAGUCCAGUUCUUUGAAACAAACCCGAUAUGGUAUAAUUCGUCCACAAAUCUGCUAGGUAAUGCUCUGAGCGAGUUCUGCUUGGGAACAGUAAACGAUGGACCAUACGAUGCCCGUUAUUUGCAUGUUGGACUGACAAACUUGGAUGUCCGGGGCCGCGCCUAUCAGAACUCCGUGUGUGACCAGCGGUACAGCUGCGCAGUAGAUAGUUCUACAGAUGCGGCCAGUUUUGCGGCUACGGCGCACGAGCUUGGACACCUAAUGGGUAUGUAUCAUGACGCCGAUCGUGGGUGCACCGGAAGUGACAUAGGUUUGAUGGGAGGAUAUGGUACCGGAUGGAGCACUUGUAGUAAAACCGACAUGACAAAUUUAUUAAAUUCAGGAAAUAAACAUUGCCUAUGGGAAGAAAACAUUCCGUUAGACGACGUUCCGCGGGACAUUCUAAACCAGCGUCUCAUUCCAGAGAUACCAGGGCAGAUGUAUUCACCUGACGAAGUAUGUGAGCUGAAGUACGGUGCUGGAUACCGUUUCCGGAAAUAUCCGAAACUUGGGGUUUGUGUUUUGUUCAGCUGUGCAAAUCACAACUAUCUUCAAGUUAAUUAUGGACAGAUGUUCAAACAAUAUACUUCUAUAUUUGGUAUGCACUGUGGCACAAAUAAGAUUUGCUUUAAAUUGGAAUGUGUUGCUGCUGCAACUGCCAAGCUGGACAGCCUGGUAGAACGGCAGGGAGGGUGGAGCCAGUGGGGGCCCUGGACGGGGUGUACCAGAACGUGUGGACGUGGGAUAAACUCCAGAAGCCGGAAGUGUGACAACCCACCUCCUAUUAACACUGAGGGUUGCCCUGAAGAUGGAUAUGAAGCGGAAACAUGCAAUGCAGAGCCUUGUCCUGGUGAUAGCUCCGAUCAGACGAUUCUGUGGAACCAGCGAGCUGGAGAGACGUGUAAACGAUUGAGGGACCACGAUGUAAUCAGCCCUGAACUGUACAACGAGACGGGCUCCAGGUACUCAGAUACAGCUGACGGCCAGUGUGAAGUAACCUGUGAGCCCGUUUCUGGGUACACUAUCCCAACAUUCACCAGGUUUGGAUUUAUGCCGGAUGGAGUUAGUUGCAUUGGCGGAUCCAACACUUGGGACUUGAAUAACUGGCCUCGGAAUUCUGGAUCGUACUAUAUGUGCCUAGACGGUUUUUGUCAAAGAUUUGGUUGUGACAAUCGGAUGAAUGGAAAAUAUUUGGAUGAAUGUGGAGUUUGUGGGGGAGAUAACUCUUCCUGUGUUGUGAUAUCCAGAACUGACACAAAACAACAAAACCAAGGUGAGCGUCGCACUCUUGCAAGAAUACCCGCUGGAUCUUAUAAUAUCCAGUUCUGGUUUACAUAUGGAGAUAUGAGACAGAACUUUAUAGAAGUAUAUGACAAACAUGGAGACGUCAUCUUAGCCAGCCGAAUCCCCAGUUCCUGGCAGUGGGAUACGAGGUCCAACCCUAUUAUCUUUGCUGGAACCAAGUGGUAUUAUUUCUUCUAUUACCAGUUUCUCCAUGUUAAGGGACCGCUGACAGAACCUUGUGAAAUAAAGUUGUAUCAGCACGAUAUAUACAGCAAUACCGGUGUUUACUAUUCUUAUUCGGAAUCUAAUGCAGUGACUUUGGAAUGUGGAUUUGAGUCAGACUUCUGCGGGUGGUCGCUCACACGGUUCUUUAGAAUGGAGUAUGGUUCCAAUGAGACCGCCAUUCCAGUCCCUGAAAUAUACUUUGGAGAGUACUUCAUUCACUCCACCAGUCAAACUGAUGACGUGUCUGCGACAAUAACUAAACACGGUAUUCUAGGAUCCAGUAACGACCAAUAUCUCACGUUUAAUUAUUAUGUCACUGGAAUGGGUUCCAAUAUUACGGUAUCGUGGAAUGAAGAUGUCAUAUGGGCAUUAAACAAUUCACAACUCAACUUGUGGGGAUUUGCAACACUUACUAUAUCUUCUCUUGAAAUAUAUCAGAUAAAGAUUACCUGUACAACGAAAGUUCAGGAUAGCGGUGAAAUAUCACUGGACAACCUCAAACUGUCCUCUGAUCCAAAACCGUACUGUGAUCAGAAAAAUGGAUGUGACGGACAAACCACUGAUUUGCCAAUAGUGACGUCACAAUCGGCGACUGAUGCAACCAGAGGGGAAAUAGAGGAUUCAAGUAGCACAGGAACAUCUUCAACAACACCCAUCCAGUCAACUAAAACUCCCAUCCCGUCUACAACACCCAUCCAGUCAACUAAAACUCCCAUCCCGUCAACAACACCCAUCCAGUCAACUAAAACUCCCAUCCCGUCUACAACACCCAUCCAGUCAAUCACUCCAAUCAAGACAACAGCAACUCCUAUGCCAUUAACAACACCCAGCCAGUCAACAACAUUCAUCCCGUCAACAACAUCAUCCAUCCAGUCAACAUCAUCCAUCCCCUCAACAACAUCAUCCAUCCAGUCAACAACACCAUCCAUCCCCUCAACAACAUCAUCCUCUCAGUCAACAUCAUCAACCAUCCAGUCAACAACAUCAUCCAUCCAGUCAACAUCAUCACCCAUCCUGUCAACAUCAUCACCCAUCCAGUCGUUAGAUACGUCGACUCACGGAGCCCCAACUAAAGAUUCCAGUAGUCCGCUAGUAUCUACAGCAAAGACAACCCCAUUAGCAGAGCUGUCUACCUCGGGAGCUCCAUCCACUGACAAAACUCAGGACAAAACAGACGUAAGCAGUGAAACAACUACACCAAUGUCUACAGUAGAUAUCACGCCAGUGUGGUCAUCCACAAUUACAGACAUGACGACGGUCAUCACAACGGAUGCAGCCUUUGAAUGGAAAUUCGUUGGAGCAGUCACUGGAAUUGCUGUCGGACUAUGUGUUAUCAUAUUGGUUGUUGUGAUAGUUGCCUGCUAUUGCAAUUGCUCGUGGUGUAAAGCAAAGGCUAAGCACAGGGACAUUUACAGAGUCUCCGGGCUUUUUGAUGGUGCUUCCAAACCUCUCAGUACUGGAUCAAAUAUAGACACCAGCGAUAUCAAGAUAUAUUUCCACACUGACAAUAAUUCAAGAAUUGAAACAAAAGCGUGACCCAAGCACAAUGCACAUUUUAGGAUAUCUGUCAAAUGUGUUUCUUUUUCAUGCACAAUAUUCAUAAUGAGUAUUAUAAGUUAUACCUGUUUCCCAUGUUGUUUUAUAUAAUAUUUAUUUAUUUUUAUACUAUAGAAUAUACAAGUUCUGCAAUAAAAUAUCCAAAAAACAU